AGGGGAGAGGUGCUCCUCUUGUCAGUCUUACACCAUCUCUCACAUGCAUACACAUGCGCACACUCUUCUUAGUCGAUGAUCUCAGAUGGGAAUGCAGGCGGGAUAGUGGCUCUGCAGCCUGUUACUGGGCAACAAAGCCAAGCUGGCUUCACAAACAAGAAUUUAACUCCUGUAAGAGGUGAUUCACCUGAGCACAGGAACAACUGCCUGCUCUCACAUCCCAGCUUGCAUAGCUAUUCAUGAAGCAAUUUCUGCUCUUCUGGGCUGUAUCUUUGGUGAUCGGCAUUGUGACUACAGAGAGAUCAUCAUGUCUGAAACAUGCAGCAUUUUCUUCUACAAACUUUGAGAACAUCCUGAUAUGGGAAACUGAAGCAGAUAUUCCUCCUGGCACUGCAUUUGAUGUCCAGUAUAAACAGUAUGGAGAAAAAGUCUGGCUCAACAAGCCUGAGUGCCAGCAUAUCACCCAGCCUUUCUGCAAUCUCACUCGUGAAACAGAAAAUUUCACUGAGCAUUACUAUGCCAGAGUGAGGGCCACGGGCCACAACUACUGCUCCUCCAAGUGGGUGCGCUCCGAAAGGUUUGAACCCAGAAAAGAGACUAUUAUCGGAGCACCAGAAGUGGAGUAUAUUCCUAAUGUACGUUCCAUAAAGUUUCUUAUACAGCCCCCCUAUACUCCGCUGAGAGGUGAGGAUGACCGCCAGCUAACCAUAGAGGACAUUUAUAGCAAAUUUGGUACUGUUGACUAUCACUUAACAAUAUUCAACCAAAGGACACACCAAAAGUGGACAAAGAAUGAGCACAACAGAGAAUUUGAAGUUUCCAACUUGGACCCAGACACUGAAUAUAAUGGAACAGUACGCAUAUAUGUCCUCGAGAAAGGCAGCAAAUCUCAAGUAUUUGGGGUUAGAACAUUAGCAGAUAACACCUGGCUUCUCUACUGUUUCGUGGCACUCGCAUUCUCUGCAGGGCUGGUGUUUGCCGCAAUUAGCUAUGUGAUCUGCAAGUACAUCAAGCAACGCAGCGCACAGCCAAUGUCUUUGGAUUUCAGAGGGAUUUCAUCCUUCCAGCCUCUUACACUGACAGUGGAGCAUAUUAUAAAGCCCAUUAAUUUAUCCAGACCUGCACUUCUCAUCCCUGAAGUGCAGUUACCACAGAUCAGCCAGCGUUUGGACAAAGCACUGAACCCACAGCCAUCCUUCUGUCCACCAGAAACUAUCUAUCAGCAACAGGCCAGCGUACCGGCGUUCCAGCUGCCCGCUCAGCCCCACUGCUUGGCAAGCACGGCUCCUGGUUAUGCUCCUCAAAUAGCUGAGCAAAGCGUUCCUUGUGCUGCGCCCGGCGAAACUCUGCCCCUAAACUAUGGCGUGUGUGUCGAGGGCACAGACUGUGUUGACAAGAAGAAACUGCAGCCAAACCAGACGCUAAAGGAAGUUUCUCCAGAUUGUUUUGUUGAUGGAAAGCUUGUAAUCCAGACGCUGGGCAAGGGCUGCAGUCAUUGGAAUUAUAAAGAACAAAGGCCAGAAUUGUCAUUAUGGGAGAGCAGCGACACGAGAGAGGCGGCUCUCCUCCAGGAGAGCCCUGGACAAACACAGCAGCUGCUGCUCCAGCCUGAUGGGGUGAAAAGUAAAGUGCACAUACCCCAGCUGCCACUGUCUUUGCUGGAACAAGGAAGCUGCUACAGACAACAGAGAGCAGAACUGCUACCGUUAUUGUCUUCAGUGAAAAUUGACAGAGACUCUGUUCCAGAGGAUGAACCCCUGUCACCUCUUUCAGCAGCUCUCCUCCUCUCAGUCUGCACUGAUAACAGCCUCCCUGGAGAGCACAACACAGAGUGGUGGAUGUCGCUAGAUUCGUUCUCACAUUCUGAAAAUAAAUUGCAGUUCCCAGAGACUCAAGAAACAGAGAUGUUAACAGAAGCAAACGAACUAAAGUGCACAAAACUGAAUAAUGCUAUGUCCCAAGACACUAUCUCAGAUCGGGACAGUGGCAUUCCCAUCACUAUGUUGUUCAAAGAUAUAAAUUUAAAGGUUCAGUGGGAGCAAGGUAUGGAUGAGAACACAGAAAUUUAUUAGGAAGACAUAAGGAUAUUAAAAUCCAGAUUCUAUUUACUUGCAUGAAAUAGUAACCUACCUUGCAAAAAGCACAAUGGAAAUAAACACUACAGCUCUUGGAUGUAUUAUAACAUGGUACUGAGUGGUCAGACUGUUUCCACUAUUGUUAUAUUAUGGACAUAGUUACCUUUACUAAUAUCACUACUUCUGGGAAAAUUGUAAUGCUUUAUCUUUCCAAUUACAAUAGGUCUUUAUUCCUUCGAUUUUUUUCAACUAGAUUAUGAAUUGGAUUACUUUAAAAGCUGAGUUAGCACCCAGGUUCAACCUCCAAAUUCGCUAUCCUCAGAAUUUGGGAAAGUUCAGAACAGAAACGACAUUUGCUCUUUACCAGUACCAAAGAUCCAGGUCCAAAAUACACCCAAACUUUGAAGAAAUUCAAGUGCAAAUAUAUGCAAAGCUAAAAGAAUUAAAUAUAUCACGGUAUAGUAACAGAAUGAAAUAUAUCUUUGUGCUAUACCCUUGGACAUGAUUCCUGCAAAACAAUAGACUACUUUCAUGUCAUGGACUUUGCCUUUAAAGCAGUCAUUGAAACUGUGGUCACAGCUCCUGAUGCAGCAGUUCUGUGAAACCAAAUAUCCCCUAUCCUGCUGUGUGCUCUUCGGUGCUCGUAGAAAGAUAAAGCCCUUUUAUCUCUCACAGACUGAUGCACUCCUGGCCCAGUCCUGACCUAUUAUGAGCUGCUGCUCAUUUCUUUCUCAUGACAAAGUUGCACCUUCUCUUCUUCCCCAUGAAAACCCCAUGAAAGAGAUGGAGCAGCUAGGGCCACAUUCCACAUAGGCAGGAAAGUGAGGAGUUUAUGCUAACCUGGCUGUUCUGUGGAGAACAGCCUUCGGGGUCUCAAUUCAGACCCAGCAAUGCUAAUACACCAAGUAAUCUACACGGGAGACUAGGGAAGUCUUCAGCUUCUUCCUCCUACCCUUCAGUGGAACCACUGAUGAGCAACAUGCUCCAUUUCCAAUGAUGGAGAAGUGUCUACAACUGCAGGACCCUCCUCUGCUCCUGUUACGAGCUCGCCCUCUUCUAGUGCUGAAAUGAACCCAAACCAAUGUAAACAGAGAGCCAAAUUCCUUUAGCACUGUACCCUUGCCAAAGGCAAGAUAAAUGGUAUUGUUUGGGGGGACCGAGGAGAUUAUUAUCUUCGACUAAGAGCAAAGCAUAGUUCAGCCUGUUGAUUUGUUCCAACAGGGUAAAAAAAUGUGAGUGUCUUGUGAUAUCAGUUUUAUGGUAGAACUGAAAUCAUUUAUAGGAAUAAGCAAGCCUUUGAAUGGUAUGGGGAAGUACUCACUCGAUUAGCACUUUCAGCGAAAGGCUGAACAGAAACAAGAAUGAGUUGUUCUCCUCAUGAAUGCACUUACGUGUUUUUUCUGUUCAGGGAGUUGAGGCUAAAGGUUAAAUUCCACUUGCUUUAAUGUGACUUUGCAAAUAAACUCUGAUAUUAUGAA